AUGCAGAAUUACAGAGACAAGUGCAAGAACUUCUCGAUUGGGGUUUUAUCAGGAAAAGCCUCAGUCCCUAUGCGGUACCAGCCCUACUUACACCCAAAAGAGAUGGAAGCUGGAGAUUGUGUAUUGACAGUAGGGCGGGGGGUAGAAGCAUAUCCAUCCAAAGUGAAGUCCAUUCUUAAUUGGCCAGUACCUCAUUCUUUUUUUGACGUUCGCAGUUUCCAUGGUCUGGCUACCUUCUAUCGAAGGUUCAUACAUGGAUUUAGCACAAUUAUGGCACCCAUUACCGAGUGCUUGAAGGAAAAAAAAUUUAACUGGACCCCUGCGGCAGCCCGUGCAUUUAAAAAAAUCAAAGAACGCAUGGCCACUGCACCAAUUUUGCGGCUUCCAGACUUCACGAAAAUUUUCGAAGUUGCCUAUGAUGCUUCACACAUUGGCAUUGGAAGAUUGAAUGCAAGGCACGCCAGGUGGUUUGACUACCUACAACAGUUCACAUUCACCAUCAAGCAUAAGGCAGGAAUGGAAAAUAGAGUAGCUGAUGCCCUCAGCCAAAGGCCCAACCUCCUGACUAUUUUUUCGGUUAAUAUUUCUGGUUUUGCAGCCCUAAAGGAGCUCUACUCAACGGACCCAGACUUCAGAACUAUCUGGUCAGAGCUGCAACAAAACCCACCUCCUUCUAUGUCCACAUAUGCAAUUAAGGAUGGAUUUUUGACUAAAGAUUCCCCCAUCUGUGUUCCAGUAGGAUCAAUGAGAGCAUUCAUCAUCAACGAACUCCAUAGUGGCGGCUUAGCUGGGCAUUUUGGCUUUGAUAAAACACUUGCUUUAACUUCAGAUCGAUUUUACUGGCCACGACUAAGACGUGAUGUCCACAAAAUUGUUGCUCAAUGCCGCACAUGUUAG